UGCAAAUAAAAUUUCAGACACACGUGCAAAUGUUUACAAAUGAAAUGUCAAGCAUAAUGGAUCAAUAGUUAAGAUGGAAGAAAAAGGGAGGGAAAAGGCCCAUCGCAAGCGGCAGGCCGGGCCAAAAGCUGCAAAGAAGAAAUCCAAAAGUGACCAUGAACAAGAACUUACCGCCCAGCAACGAAACCCAAGGGCCUUCUCUAUUCAACAUGCUAAGAAGGCUCUGAAAACUGUCCAGAGGACACAGGAUCUGAAGACCAAAAAGCAGCACAUUCCUGUAGUUGACCGCACCCCAGAUGAGCCUCCACCAAUAAUUGUAGGUGUGGUAGGGCCUCCAAAGGUUGGCAAGACUACGCUUCUCAGAUGUGUGGUGAAAAACUUCACCCGACAGAGGCUUACCAAGAUCCAGGGUCCAGUGACUGUGGUGUCCGGGAAACAAAGACGCCUCACAUUGAUUGAGUGCAACAAUGAUAUCUGCUCCAUGAUUGACAUUGCCAAAGUUGCAGAUCUGGUUCUGUUGCUGGUUGAUGCCAGUUUUGGGUUUGAGAUGGAGACAUUCGAGUUCCUGAACAUCUGCCAGGUUCAUGGUUUCCCACGUAUCAUGGGCGUACUGACCCACCUGGACACUUUCAGAGACAGCAAGAGGCUCCGCAAGACAAAGAAGCGGCUUAAACACAGGUUCUGGACUGAAGUCUACCAGGGUGCGAAGCUGUUUUACCUGUCUGGGAUGGUGAAUGAGGAAUACCAGAAGACUGAGGUACACAACCUGUGUCGCUUCAUCUCUGUAAUGAAGUUCCGACCCCUGGUGUGGAGGACCACACAUCCUUACAUCCUCGCAGACAGAAUGGAAGACAUUACAGACCCUGAGACAGUUCGACAGAGGAAGAAAGCCGACCGCAACAUCUCCUUGUAUGGUUACCUACACGGUACACAUAUGAAAAACAACAUCAAUGUGCACAUCCCAGGGUGCGGGGAUUUCCCUGUACAUGACAUUCAGUUUUUGUCUGAUCCCUGCCCCACCCCCAACAGGAACAAGGAAAAGCGGCGUACCCUAAGUGACAGAGAGCGAAUGAUAUAUGCCCCCAUGUCCGGUGUUGGGGGUAUUGUGUAUGAUAAAGAUGCUGUGUACAUUGACCUUGGUGGAAGCCACUCACAUCAUGAACCUCAGAAGCCUGAUGAUGAGUCCGAGCCGAUCAAUGAGCUGGUGUCAUCCCUGAUGGGGCUCAGUAACCCUCUGGAUGAGAAGAUGACCAACAGUGAGGUAGCACUGUACUCCCAGGGCAUACAGCGUGGGGCUGGACACAGAGCGCCUCAGCUAGAGACAGUGGAGAUGGAGUCUGGGCGAGUGAGGCGACGGGCCAUGUUUGAAGGUGACAAAGUUGAUGAUGAAGACAACGAUGACAGUGAGAGUGGAGACAGCAGUGAUGAUGAUGAUGAUGAUGAUGAUGAUGAUGGUGAUCAGGAGGAGGAAAAAGAUGUUAGGGAAAUCAAGAAAUUAAAACAGAUCCCAAAAGGGAAGAAAUUCGAUCAGGAGGAAGAAGAUUUGGCAUUUGCUGACACAGAUGAUGAACUAAACCCUAGUGAUUUUCAUCCAAAUAUUAAAUCUAAAGCGGAAAAGAGUAUCAAAUCUACUGACAAUGAUUCUAGCAGUGAAAGUGACAGUGAGGAGAUGCAUGUAGAUAAGGGUAACACUGCAGCAAAAACUACUGUCCAAACUGAGAGUGAUCUUGAUGAUUCGGAAAGUAGUGAAAGUGACAGUAAUGCUAGUGAUUCAGACAUGGAUGCUGAAGAAGUUCAGACUGCUGAUUUUAAGAAAGUAGCCAAGAAAUCUAGUGCCAGUAAUAAAACUGGAAAUUUUGUGUCAAACACAAGUAAAUUGCAAAAAACUCAGACUAGUUCUAGUGCAGACAAAACAAAGAAGUCUAUACACUCCGCAGAUAGUAAAACUCAAAUGUUAUCCGAUUUAGAUUCUAAGAGUGGUGUUAACAAAUAUGACAGUGAUGAAUCUGAGUUGAGCUCUGAAGAAGAAAUGGAAAAUGAUGACUCUGAAGACAAUUUGAAAGUAAGUGAGAAAUCAGAUAUGGAAACAAGUGAAACACUGAAUGUAAAGGAGAGAAAAGACAUUGAAAAUGCAAACAUGAAGGGAAUGUAUACAAAAACAAGUGACUCUGGUGUAAAUAAAGCAGGAGAUGGAAAUGAUGUGCGGAGUAAACUCUUGCAGCUGUCCAAGGAGACAUACACACGGGAGUUGACAGUGGAGAGAAGUGUCCCACAGGAGGAGGGGCACAUCGGGGAGUUGGAGAGAGCUAUAAGGGGAGAUCACCGCAGGGCUGCAGAGAGCCAGGCUGAACAGCAUCCUGAUGAGGAGAGUUUCCGCUGGAAGUCUGACCUGGCCGGGCAGGCAGCAUCAAACUUCCGACAGAGGCAGGCAGACAGGAUCAACUACAGGAAACUCAUUUACGGCAAAGAUGAAGAGGAAGAGAGGCCUGAGGGUGAGGAUGAGGAUGAGAUCGGGGGUCUGUUCAGGGUGCUGAAACAGAAGAGUGAGGCCCAGACAAACAGUCGCCUCUCCAUCAACAGCACUGACUGUACCAAGUGUCACGUGCACAACGCCUCGGUGGAUGCUGUGGAACAGCUGAGAGAGAUGAUAGCGGACUGUUUUGUGACGGGAAAGUGGGAGGAGAACCAAGAUGCAGCUGCCCUUCUGGAGAAGGAUGAUGAAAUGUAUGGGGAUUUCGAGGACCUAGAGACGGGAGAGAGCCAUACAGGAGCGGAGCCCCCUGUGGCUGGUUCCAGUAAUGACAAUGAGGGUGGUGAUGAACAGGGGGACAACACUGGAGAGGAGGAAAAGCCAGUUCCAAAGAAGAAGAGUGAGAUGAGUGGGGAGGAGCGAAGGGCAGAGAAGAAACGCAAACUGAAGGAGAUGUUUGAUACCACGUACGAUAUGAAGGGAGAUACAGAGUUCUAUGAUAACUGGAAGGAGGAGAUGGCCAACCAGGCAAAGAUGAACAAGUCUGUGUUUGAGGACAUGGAGGAUGAUUUACGUGUGCAGUAUGAGGGUUUCCGGGCGGGAAUGUACGUCCGUGUGGAGAUACAUGGGGUCCCCUGCGAGUUUGUCACCAACUUUGACCCCUCAUACCCCCUCAUUAUCGGGGGCCUUCUCAGUGUGGAAAAUAAUGUGGGAUAUGUGCAGACCCGUUUCAAGAAGCACCGCUGGCACAAGCGUAUCCUGAAGAACCAGAACCCUCUGAUAUUCUCUCUGGGGUGGCGCAGAUUCCAGUCCAUGCCCCUGUACUCCAUACAGGACCACAACAUGCGCAACCGCCUCCUCAAGUACACGCCAGAACACAUGCAUUGUCAAGCAUCAUUCUGGGGUCCCAUAACACCACAGGGUACAGGGUUACUGGCUGUAGAGAAUGUGGCCCAGGUUACAGCAGAUUUCCGUAUCGCGGGUACGGGGGUCAUACUGGAACUGGAUAAGUCUAUGCAGAUUGUCAAGAAACUCAAGCUCACUGGCACACCACUCAAAAUAUACAAGAAAACGGCCUUUAUACAGGGCAUGUUUAACUCUACCCUGGAGGUGGCCAAAUUUGAGGGUGCCAGUAUUCGCACAGUAAGCGGUAUCCGUGGUCAAAUUAAGAAGGCAGCCAAGACACCCGAGGGAGCCUACAGGGCCACAUUUGAGGACAAGAUCCUUCUCAGUGACAUUGUGUUCCUGAGAACGUGGUUCCCGGUGGAGGUUCCCCAGUUCUACAACCCGGUCACCAGCCUGCUGUUACCACACGACCAGAAACACACCUGGACUGGCCUCAAAACUGUUGGUCAGCUCAGAAGGGAGAAAAAUGUGAAAGCAAAAUUCUCUACAGACUCAAUAUACAAGACUGUGGAACGGAAGAGCCGUACGUACACGCCCCUGUCCAUUCCUAAGUCCCUCCAGAAGACGUUGCCCUUCAAGGACACCCCCAAGGUCAUCGCUGCCCAGAAGGACACAGUGAAGAGGGUGGCUAUCAUUAGAGAACCACAUGAAGCAAAGGUUGACAAGAUGGUAAGCAUGCUUCGUAAGCUGCAUGAACACAAGAACCGCACACAGCACCAAAAUAUGCGGGAGCGUGCCUCAAAGCACCAGAAAAUUCGGGAAAAAUCUGAUGGUGCUCGCAUGCAGCGACAAAAGGAAGUCAAGAAAAAUGUUUUCAGAAUGCUGGGUAAAAUGGAGAAGAGAAAAAACAAACACAACAGGGACUGAUCUGUGUGACGGUGAUGGCUAAUGAAGUUUCCAGGUGCAGAUUUGUUGCUGUAUAUACAUUUAAUUCAUUGAUAAAUAAAACGUUGGAAACAUG